CGGCAGGACUUGGGCUUGGUAAUUGAACCACAUGGAAAAAAAAGUCUCUCGCGAUGAAACUAGCUCAUUUCUUCUAGAAAAGUGUGAAAGUGUUGAUAAUCUACAGUACUUCAUCAUUAUAUAGCGAAAGGGAAAAAAGGAAAUUGGUACUAAUUUCUGGACAAUUUGGACAAUAUUUCGAAAUGGCUGCUGCAACGGAUUCCCGGCGAACAUCGGCGGUCGCCGAGUCGAUGGCCAGCCGUCCCUACACCGAUGCAACAUGGAUGACCCAGAGUGGAACACACCCGAUGGGGAAGGGACAGAUUUUGUUCACAGGACCAAGCGGGAUAAGAGACUACAAAGUCAACGUUGUCACAGAUGACCGGAUGGUGGGGAUUGGGACGAUGUCCCAGGAAGGUACCAGCGACCUUCAGUACAUCUGGAGGGGGGCACCUGGCGCACCCCCUCCCCGGAGGAGGUCACAGUGGGUCGGGGAGGUCGGCUGGUUCAUCCCUCCUUAUCAUGAUACCAAGAAUACCUUAUCAGGAAAUCAAAUACAGCUCAAAGUAUUCAGAAAAGCACAAGAAGAGAAAUACACUCACAGGUUCCAAGAGCCAUGGUAUCUUGCCCCAAAUGACCCCGACUACAAGCAGAACUUCCCUUUCACACAAGGAUCAAAGCGGAACUGGCGAGCCCCGGGCCAACAGCGAAGCGCGGAACAACUCCCUCCCCGCCCUCACACCAGUUUCCACUCUAACGACAGCAGGCUCCCCAACGUCAACAACAAUGCACCACCAAGCUCGCGACCCUUCACAGUACAACCCCCCUCAUCGGAAAGCAUCAGUCGUCCUGCCAGCGGUCAAUCAGCCCACAGCUACUCAGCCCACAGCUACACCCCGCCCGGGAGCCGACCAGGGAGCGGGGGAGGUCACGAGUCAGCAUACAGCAGCCGAUCGAGAGGGUCCCAGUCAACGCUAAGAAGCAGGGGGAGUUCACAAACGUCACAUCCAUCAAGACGAAGAAUUACCCCUGCUGCCACCAGUGUCAGUUCGGUGUACAGAGCACCAACAUCUGAUCCCGACUACUAGAAGGCACCCUAUCUCAUACCUUAUCCUCUCUACUUGUGGCAAUAUCAACAUAUAAGCGACUAAUACUUUUACAUAGUGGUAGAUAAAAGACUCUUAUCAGAAGCCUGCAGUCUUCCCAGUAGUUUCAGUUUGAUGUCUAGAGCUGAUUUUUUUUUUUUGCCCUUCCAUUGUACGCAACCUAUCCAUUAAUUCCUAUGCAAUUUCUUUGUCUUUCACUGUAGAUCUAUGCAGAAUAAUAUUUUCUAGAUAUAGCGAUAUUUACUACAUUUUUAUUGACAUACACUGUAAUAGACUGGUUUAUUAUAACAUAUUCUAAUUUAUGGAUAUUUCCUCCCUGGGGACCUAAUGACGAGCUAUUCCAUAAACAUUUUAUUAAUGAAUGAACUACCAUACUAUGAAUACUUGCAUACACUACGUGUUGCUAUGUCAGGCAUUGUCAGGCUAUGUUAUGUAAUCAAGAACAGCCUUUUUUUUUAAAGUGUGCAUAAAACUUGAAUAUUACUUUACAUGCAUCUUUAAAAAGCAAUUUAUAUGAGGAGAAAUAUAGUUGGCUAAUCAUGUUACAAAUUUUUAUUUUCUUAUAAUGAAUGGCUUUCUUGAGAAGAAGAGUCAAAGGAAACAAUGAACUUUUGAAGAUACAGUAUACAGCAGUCAAACUUGUCUCAUAGUGACCACAUAUCUAUAAAGGUCACCUGUUUAUAGUGGCCAUCAUCAAAAAACAAAUGUGUAAUGUAGAACCUGUUUAGAAAGGCCACUUUCAAUAUCUCCCUUGAAUGGCCUUUAUAAACAGGUUUGACUGUACUUGUACUUCAAAAUAUUGAUAUACUGAUAGUCUGCAAUCUUUGUAUAUUUGAAGGUGUAAAUUAUGAGAACAAAAAUUCUAUAGAUUUUCAACCUGACUUUCGCAGUUUUUGUUUGAAUCGUGCAAUUUUAUUAUUUGAUGUGUGCAUGGACCAACAGUAUUCCUGAAGCUAAAAAAAAUCAUUUAAUUUUUGAAAUGGCUGAAUUUUUGUGGGCAAUUAGGCGUUUGUGCGUGAGAUUUUUGUGCAGUGCAAUUGCAGAAUGAUUUUAAGCAAUUAUAUAUUUCGAUCAUUGGAAAGAGUUUGUGAGAUGAUUUCAUACAUUGUAGAUUUCGCAUGAUGAAUGUGCAGUGUCAUUUUCCGUCCAGAUACUGUGCAUCAUUAUUUAUGUGAUCGAACAACUAUUGAAGGUAAUUGUUUGAAUGAUGAUUUAGAAGAAAAGGUCUGUUUUAGGUCAUUAAUAGGUAAAUUAUUAUGAAUUGUUAUGAUUUUUUUUCUUUUUUGGCAUUUAAAACACCAAAAUUAAUUUACUUGGAUUUUCUCUCCUUUAUAUGCUGUAGAUGUACAUCUAUGUGCAAGUUAGCAUACAUUUCAUGUAUAUGAUAAUUUAUAUAGUUUUCAAUUACUAUAUUAUUGUCUAUAGUAGAUUAUAAUAUUUAACCUUAUAGUUAAACAUUAUGUACAAUUUUAAGAACAAAUAUGCAAAUAUUAACAUUUCAAUUUUUCUCUCUUUCUUUCUUGGGAUAAAUAUGUAUUUGCAACUCUGUGCAUUUGAUUUACAUGUGUGUAAUUGUAUAAAUAAUGUAUGAAAAUAUGAUGGCCAUCACAAAAGGUUGUGAUCAAUUUAUCCUCUUUUCCAACUCAAACUUUUGAGGAUGAUGUUUUAGAUUAAUUCUUUGUUUUUUUAUUUCCCCUUUAGGUAAGCCUUGUUCACAUAUGUCUUGGGAACCUACCUAUAAAAAAAAAGACAACUGCAUUUUAAAAAAAACUAAAGGAAAGAAAAAAGGCUUUUGCCUCGAGCAAUAAAGACUUUUAUUUUUGUAGCUUGUGUUGCAAAUAUCAUAAUUUGUUCAAUCUUGUUACUCUUGAAAUGGUUUGCUGCUGCAUUUCUUGUUUGUUCCUCAUUUAGUUGGGCUUUUUAUUUGGAUUGUUGUUUAUAUUUAAGUGGUUUACCUUUUCAUAUGUAAACAAAGCUUUAAAAUUUUAAUUUAUUUUAGAGGAUAGAAUCAGCUAAACCUAAUAAUGGGUGGGAUGGAUCAAUUUUUAGGAUUUUUUUAAUAAGGCAAAGUUUAUAAGCAGUCUGAAAAUUGAUUUUCCUUUUACGUUAAUCAUACAAAUUUUAAACAUUUAAAAAACAUUGUUUUAAGUACUGUGGCUCUACAAUUGUGAUAUAGUAUACCGGUUAGCAUAAUACAAGAUAUCAAAAGAGCUAAAAAUCAUCCUUGAAACUAAAGAUGAAACCAGGAUAUAUUUUUAUUCAUUUAUUUAUUUUUUACUUGUAUUGCAGUAUAAGAUUUUGAAUGCUUUAUAUCAAAAAACUUGUCAGUACGGUAUGUUAUUUUUUCAAUGCUGAUAUAGUAGAUAUUUGAGAUACAUGUACAUGUCUAUUUUAAAAAAAGUUAUAAAUCAGAAGAAUUUGUUUGUUCAUGGAAGAACUGAAUAGAAUAUUGCAUAUUACAAAUUAUUUCAAUUUUUACGUCAAGGAGUCUAUUGUACUGGGAAUUCUUUCGGUAAACAUUAAUUUCUGAAUCCGUUUACAAUUUUUGUAAAUGCAAUUGUGUACUAUUUUGAUUCUUUGCAAUACCUGCUAUUGUGCUGCUGUCUCUUAAUUAUCUAUGUAUCGAUCAAUCAAAUAUAUAUGAAUGAAUGUGAAUGAAAUAAUAUCUAACAAUGAUAAUCAUAGAAA